AUGCUCCAGCGUAACUGCAGCGGAUCAUUGUACGCCAUGCUGGAAGUAACCCGAGACGCGACGCCUCAAGAAAUCAGGAGGGCGUAUCACCGACUGGCUCUUCGCCUUCAUCCGGACAAAACAGGCGGGACCACGACGGAGCAGUUCAAGUUGCUCCAGGAGGCGCAAAGCAUUCUUAGCGAUCCGAAUCAGCGACGUGUGUACGACACGUUUGGCAGAGUGGGCGUAGAUUCCAUCCGACAGUUCGGAGACGUGCUGGUGCCGUUAACCCCUGCGGCUAUUCGCGCUGCUAUCUUUUUCACUGCCUUUUGGAUUUCCUUGUUGCUUCUUACCUUGGUACUUGUCAUUGUGAAGUUGGACUACGACAAAGGCUGGCCCUGGGCAGCGGUGUUUGCUCCUCUGUGGGCGGCACUUAUUCCGCCGUUGCUAAUUGGUGGAGUGUUACUAUUCCAUGGCGCCGCCCAGCGAGAGCUCGCCUCUGUAAUGCUGGGAACUGAGUUUUUACUCUUCAUUGCUGCGGUUGUGAUGUUCGUCGUCGGACUCUCUGGCGCUCUCCCAUGGACCGUAGCUUUGGCUCCCGGCGCAGGAUUAUACGUGUUGGAGAGUUGUCGUGUCCUGUCUUUCUUCUUCCCUUCUCAGUUCCGCAGUCGCUUUUUCGAGGCGAUUGACCCCGAAAUGUCUAUAUGUUCGUCACGGAUGUACUGGGUUUUUUUCUUGCAAACGGUGUUUGAAAAGGUGUGUGGGUUUACUUUCCUCACCCUUGCCCUGCUGCGUGCGGCACAAAAAGAGGGCAAGGAUGGAUCGAAGCUCCUCUCCUUCUGGCUGGUUUUCACUCCUCUUCUUGUGUACUUUGGGUGCAUGGCGUUUGUUGCCUCCGUGCAGAGAUGUUUGGCGCUGACAGAAGAGGGGCAGUCGAGUAUUGUCAACCGCCUCUGUCAGGCGUUGGCAGCCGCCAUGCAUUACGGCACCCUUCUCUUCAUGCUGUGCAUGUUAGCGGCCAAGUGUGAGGCCGAGCAGAAUCACGUGGUGACGGGCCUGCACCCCUCCGCGCUUCUCAUGCUUUUUCCGCUGCUGUUCAUACUCGCAUUCGCUGUGUUGUUGACGAGCUGUAUGUGUUGCUUUUUCGAACGUCUACUUGGGGACCUUUCCGCUAUGGAGACGACAGAGGGUAGCGAGACCUUCACACCGCCGGGCGACAACACGUUUGCUCGCGGCAACUUUAUGUACGACGCCAUGCCGGACGACCACGCCAACGGCGGAGGCAAAGGAGGAGGGGUGGCAGAGAGCCCCAGGGCGUAUCGCGAGGCGAGGGUGGCAGAUACGACGCCCCUGAGGACGGCGUAUCAGGGAAGUUAG